CGGACAACAGUGUCGCUUUGCUGGGGAAUGAGCUAUUCAGUGUGCAGGCUUUUACAUAGUGUCUUUAUAAUGGAGGAAAAUGCUUAUUGUAUUUCAGCUUUUUCCUUUUAGUGUUUGUUUUAACCGGUGAAUAUUCACAGCAGAUGUUUGCCGGCGCCAGCUGAGUCUACUCUAUGUAGGUUUUGUUUAAAACUUAAAGUAAAGUUCUUUGGCACUUUAAUGAAUACAUAAGGUGGUAACUAAUCGCGUUCGAGUUGGAAAGGAUGGCUGGCGUGGUGCGCACCCUGAGCCGGUGUCUGCUGCCCGCUGAGGCCGCUCACGAUGACAGGAGCAACGGGAAAGGACGAGGAGACCGCGAGCGCGAUGCGAACCAGGAGCGCGAGGCGAAGCGGCGCAAUCGCGAGAUCAAUGCCAUGAUCGCGCGCGAGAGGCGCUCGGUGCGGCGUCUGGUGAAGAUCCUGCUGCUGGGCGCCGGAGAGAGCGGCAAAUCCACAUUCCUCAAGCAGAUGAGGAUCAUCCACGGAAAAGAGUUUGACCAGAAAGCGCUGCUCGACUUCAGGGAUACGAUCUUUGAGAAUGUCAUCAAGGGGAUGCGGGUACUAGUGGAUGCCCGAGACAAACUUGGCGUUCCUUGGCAGAACUCUGAGAAUGAGAAGCAUGGCAUGUUUGUUAUGUCCUUCGAAAACAAAGCAGGCAUGCCCGUCGAACCCUGCACCUUUCAGCUGUAUGUCCCAGCCCUGCAGGCACUCUGGAAUGAUAGUGGCAUCCAAAAAGCCUACAGCCGACGGAGUGAGUUUCAGCUGAGUGAAUCAGUGAAAUAUUUCCUGGACAACUUGGAUUGGAUUGGACAACUGAAUUAUGUACCGAGCCGACAGGACAUCCUAUUGGCCAGGAAGGCCACCAAGGGAAUUGUGGAGCAUGAUUUUGUCAUUAAGAAGAUCCCAUUUAAGAUGGUAGAUGUGGGUGGCCAGCGCUCUCAGAGACAGAAAUGGUUUCAGUGCUUUGACGGCAUAACCUCCAUCCUCUUCAUGGUGUCCUCCAGCGAGUACGACCAGGUGCUGAUGGAAGACCGUCGCACCAACCGCCUGGUGGAGUCCAUGAACAUCUUUGAGACCAUAGUCAACAACAAGCUCUUUUCCAAUGUGUCCAUAAUCCUCUUCCUCAACAAGAUGGACCUUCUGGUGGAGAAGGUACGCAAAGUCAGCAUUAGCAAACACUUUUCCGACUUCCGGGGAGACCCUCACCGACUGGAGGACGUGCAGGCCUAUCUUGUGCAAUGCUUCAAUCGUAAAUGUCGCAACCGCAGCAAGCCACUUUUCCACCACUUCACCACUGCCAUUGACACUGAGAACAUUCGCUUCGUCUUUCAUGCAGUCAAAGACACAAUUCUUCAGGAGAACCUUAAAGACAUAAUGUUGCAGUGACUUACAGUAAUUUGAUGUGUUUUGCCAUUGUUUGAUUCCGUUUCCCAUCCUAUUGCAGGAGGAAAUGCCUUCUUUACUUCAUUUUAACCAAUUUUACCAAUGGCGAAUGAAAAUGACAUGAAUCUCUCUAUGUCAUCACUUAUUUUAAUGUCUUCCUGUGAAACAGGAACUUUGAAAACACCUUGGAUUGAAGUAAAGCCAAGAACAUUUAAGGGUUUUACACUUUGUAAAUGCAAAGAAAAUGAAACAGACGGACAAUCAAUCGUUAUUGAGUAUUUCCACCUCUUUUCUCAAGGAUAAACACAAUAUUACACUGGCUCAUCUUCCAAACAACAUCCUAGAAAUAAAUCACAAACCUGCACUGAACAUCCUGUUUGAACAAGUAGUUAAUUUCAUGUCACUGACAGGUUUAUUUUUUUUAUUUAACCUUAACAUUUAAAUCACAUUUUGCUUUAUCUAUGCUUGUAAGUUUAUAGAUGACAUGCAAAAUUCUCAUUAACAACUAAGCAGGGUUUUUGUACAUAGAGUGAAAAGGAGAUUUCCAAAUUGUUAAUAGUCUCUUCUGCUUUUAUGUGUCUCUUCACAUUAAGCUGCAAGCUUUGCAAUAUAGAUAGGGUCAAAUCACUGGUUAUGCCUAACACCACUAAUAAUGCAUUAAUGGUAUUCUUUAAAUGUCAUUAUUGCACAGCAUAUGUACUUUAUGAGUAUAAAUAUGAUGUUAAUCCUCUUGAAAUGUGUGUAACCUGUGUAGUUAAUGACUUUACAAGGAGUCAACCUGAUGAUGUUUGGGGACUGAGUGUUAUUCUUCGGAUCUUGAUGAAUGUCUGAUGUGAACAGCUGUGUGCUUUUGGUUUUAGCUGGAGUUACGAUCCCGGACGAGCCCCCUAUUUGUUGCGCCCAAGUUGCGAUAAAAUUAUUUUAAACUACUUCAUGAACUGGGUGUGAAGUGACUUCCUGGUGCUGUCUUCAAAUGCUAAGAAGUAUUUGUUGUGGUUUGAGUCAUUUUCCAGAGAUCUAAUUUUGUCAUCAGAGGUAAUCGCUGACUCACAGUAUUCUUGGGGGACGAUAGGUUUCAGUUUCAGUGCAGGUGUCCGCUUGUCAGAACAUUGUUUUGUGUUAAGGGAAAGCUUGAGAUACGUUAUCAAGUAGUUUUCAAGUUUUAACAAGAGCAUCAAGCCCUUUUCUUGCAUUCUUUCUUGUUUGUGGACUACAAUUGAAACUGUGACUCAUUUCUUGCGAAAAAACAUUGACACUGUUUCUCUGUGUCCUUAAGGUUUUUAAAUUCUGUCCUUCCUCAUAAUUACCGCAGUGCCAUGUUGGCUUACUGAAAGUUGGCAGGAAGGGAUUUGAUUUGAGAUAUUGGACACACCCUAAACCUUUGUCCCUGACAGCUAUUCCCAGUGGGAGCCAAACGCAUGCAUUUACUGGAAGAUCUCUGGCUUCCGACUGGAUUCUUUAAUUCAAGACUGUGUUUGUCCUUGUUUCCUCUUUUAAGACCACAAAUCCAUUGGGAGAGUUUGAAAGUUAAAUAGCGGAAAAGAAAUGCAGACACAGUAUGAAGGCUGUUAAAACCUGCAAUCAAGAAAAGCAUAUGGCGUGUAAUUAAUUUGAUAUAAAUUAUAUUUGGGGAAUGAUAAUCAAAGAAACUAUUUCCAGUUGCAGUUGCAAGCUACUGAAGGUGAUUUAACUACAGUAUUUAAUUAAGUUACAUUUGCUGCUCUGGUGUUUUGUCCCUCUUAGGAUCUCAAGAGUUUCACUAUUAACAGGAUGUCUACUUCAACACUCUUUCAGUGUUUUACUGUACUUUUUCAACUUUCAAAUAUUGCUUCCCUAAUGUUUUAAGUAACCAGUGAUUGUAAAAAGUGAGAAAUUCCUGAUUUUAACUUCAUUAUGUGUGUUUUGUAUAUAAGAACUGUUUAAAUACAAUAAAAUGUUGAGUUAUA